AUGGAGAUGCUGAGGAGGGACUGGAUCCUGGAUAUGGUGAAGGGUUACACUAAGGACAUGGUGACAGACUUUGACGAGAAACAUGAUGAGUAUUUAAUAUUGCUUCAGCAGAGAAACCGGAUAUUAAAGCAUUUGAAAACCAAGGACCCCGUGCAGUUGAGGCUGGAACACUUGGAGCAGGGCUUCUCUGUCUACGUCAACGGUGCCAAUUCUGAGCUGAAGACAUCACCACGCAAAGUCACCCAAUCUGACUUCUCUAGAAGUGCCUCACACGCCGAGGGGACACAUGAUUACGGACGAAGAGCCCUAUUUAGAGAAGCUGAAGAAGCCUUAAGACGCGGCUCUCGGACAGCCCCCAGCAAAGUCCAGCGCCGAGGAUGGCACCAGAAAUCGGUGCAAAUCAGAACAGAAGCUGGCCCACGGCUCCACAUUGAACCUCCUCUGGACUAUUCUGAAGAUUUUGAGCCCUGUGAGGAUGUGGAUAUCAAGGCAAAGAAUGCAUCUGGGGAUCGUCCACAGGAGCUGACAAAAAGCCUGGAGCUAAGUGUAAAUCUACAAAGGGAACAAAAGAAUGGUUCCAGUGACGAGUGUGACUCCAUCGAAGAAGACGUGCUCUCUGAUCCUGAACCUGAGGGCCAGGUGCUGGUGGACCGUCCUAGAGAUGACCCUCUUCUUUCAAGUGGGGACUCAGUGCAGAAGGACCUUCCCACAGACCAGGAGACAGAAGGACACCUUCCCCAGGGCCCAGACCCUCUGGUGGUGCUGGGUUUUAACACAGCUUCCAAAAGCAGUAAAAGGGAAAGGCAUUUGUCUGCUAAACGGAAGGACGAUGCAGAAGUCUUCAUUCCCAGCAAAUCUGAGCCAACCCUGAAUCACCAGCCCCCCGCCACACUCUCAGACCAGGAGAAGCCCUGCUCCAGACCUGGAAGCCGCCGAGAGAGACCCCUGUCAGCAACCCGAAAAACCAUGCACAAGGCUGAGGACCGGGAGGAAGAUGCCUCGGCCGUACUCAGAGCCAUCCAGGUGGAGAACGAAGCCCUGCAGAGGGCGCUCCUCCGCAGAAAGGCUGAGCGUCCUGCCAGCCAGCCUCCUUUCCAGGACCCAGAGGAGCCACCAGCAAAACCAUGGGCCACUUUGCUGAAGGACAAGGAAGAGAUGCCAUCCCUUGAGCUGCCUCCCAUUGCCUCGGCAACCACCACGCAGGAGCUGGGGCCGGAGCCGUCUGGGGCAGCAGGGGGAGCCAGAGCCAUCAAUGAAGCCGUGGAUAGACUCGGCCUUUUGGGAAGCAGGCAACAGCAGAAUCUUCUGGAAGUCGUCCAGGCUGUCGAAACUGACUCUACCCACCUCAGCCAGCUGGAUUCCCCAUCCCAGGAGCAACUGGUAGACCUGGAGGAUAAGUUGAGGACAAAAGCAGAACAGAUGAAGGAUGCCGUCUAUGUGACCAUGGAAAUCCUGUCCAACUGGGGCAGCACAGCAGGGGUGGGACUCACAGAAGUCGAAUUCUUUGACCUGAAUGACACCAAGCUUUAUGUGUCACCUCAUGACGUGGACUUCCAGAAUGCGGACACACCUGGGGACCUGGGCCUCCUUGUCAAUCGGAACUUAGCUGGCAAGAAGGACCUCUCCCUGUGGACAUGCCCCUUCCAGCCGCCACUGCAGCUCUUCUUUACUGUCCGCAACACACAACAGCUGCGUGACUUUGGGCUUGCCAAGAUCAAAGUCUGGAAUUACUGGACAGCUGACGGCGAUCUUGACCUUGGUGCCAAGAAAGUGAAGCUGUACAUCAACAAAAAGCUCAUCUUUGAUGGUGAGUUAGACAAAGGUGAUGGCGAGACUCCGGCUACCCAGAGCAUUCCAGUGGACCUGAGGAAUGAGAGGAUGGAGAACACUGGUAGCACCUACUCGGAUGAAAGCAAAGAUGCCCACAGGAUGGUGGGUGCAGAUGGGGGCAGACGGCUCUGUCUCAAUUACUCACCACCAGCUGGAACACCGCUGGAUGUCACAGUUUCUUCACAAGGAAAUUUAUUUGGUGAAAAGAUGAAUUCUACUAAUUGCAUGAAUGGCAGUUUGUCCAAGUUAGAAGAAGAUUUAAGAAUGUUACAAGCCCCAGUCUCGAUGGGUGACAUUGCCAGUAACCCUCCCACCUCCCCACCUGUGACAUGCCCUUCUCUUGACAAGGAGCUCUCUCUGAUCCAGCAACUGGAAAACCUCACAGGCAGGAAAAUCUCUCAGCCACCAAGGAAAACCCCAUCCUGGUUACAACCUACUCCCAAAGGGAAAGGCAGGAAGCAGGGAGGCAGGAAACCCAAGCCCCUGUGGCUUAGUCCUGAGCAGCCCCAGGACUGGAAAGACUGCCUUCCAUCAGACGACGGCAAUGGUGUGGGUCCUGGGGAGACUGAGGCUAGGGAUCGAGGUCCCAAAUGUGAGCAAGAGUGGGUGAGCAGCUGGAGCGUCGCUGCUGGCGAGAGACCCCAGAGAGUAAACCCCAGGGUCUGUGAGGAUGACUUGGACAUCUUUCACCUGCCCUCCAGCAGAGAGCGCCCUGUGAGUGGGAGGAGGAGCUCGAGGAAGGACGCCCACAGCAGUAGUCAUGGUGACAACCAGCCAGCUAGCAGAGAAGAUACCUUGUCCACCCGGACACCGCCACGGUCCCGGUGGUGCAGCGAGCAGGAACACAUGCUGCACGAGUCAUGGAACUCCCUCAGUGCCUUCAACCUCUCGCACAGGGGGCGCAUCUCUAAUGUAGAGUUCCAGGGGGACAUCCUGGAUGAGUUCCUACAGCAGCAGAAAAGCAGCCGGCAGAGCGACCCGCCACCACCCUGGAAGGAGGAAAAGCCAGAGCCACUGCAAGAGCAGGAUGACGGCUCCACAGAGAUGGAUGAUGGCAGUGACUUUAAAAUCCCAGUCUUGCCUUACGGGCAGCACUUGGUUAUCGACAUCAAGUCAACGUGGGGGGACCGACACUACAUCGGCCUUAAUGGAAUAGAAAUAUUCAGUUCCAAGGGUGAGCCAGUGCAAAUUCUGAACAUUAAGGCAGAUCCCCCUGACAUCAACAUUUUACCAGCAUAUGGGAAAGACCCCCGUGUGGUCACCAACCUCAUCGACGGGGUGAACAGGACCCAGGAUGACAUGCACGUCUGGCUGGCACCCUUCACACCGGGCAAGUCUCACUCCAUUACAAUUGAUUUCAUGCACCCUUGCCAAGUUGCCCUGAUCAGGAUUUGGAAUUACAAUAAAUCACGCAUACAUUCCUUCCGUGGCGUGAAAGACAUCACAAUGCUGCUGGACACUCAGUGUAUCUUUAAAGGAGAAAUUGCAAAGGCCUCGGGAACCCUGACAGGAGCCCCAGAGCACUUUGGAGACACAAUCUUAUUCACGACUGAUGACGACAUUCUUGAGGCCAUAUUCUGCUCUGAUGAGACAUUUGAUGUGGAUGUGGAGAGCCUCUGCAGCCUGCAGCAUGAGGAGGCUCUGAGGAGACCCAGCACAGCUGACAGCGAGGGCGAUGACAGGCCCUUCACCCAGGCUGGGCUGUGGGCUGACGACCAGGUCCCGGAGCCAGAGCUGUCACCCAGUCCUCCCGUCCCCGAAGUCACCACACCAGAGCCAGGCGUGUACCAUGGGCUCUGCCUUCAGCUGAAUCUCACUGCCUCCUGGGGAGACCUACACUACCUGGGGCUCACAGGCUUGGAGGUAGUGGGGAAGGAUGGCCAGGCAUUACCCAUCAGCCCUCACCAGAUCUCUGCCUCCCCCAAAGACCUGAAUGACCUCCCCGAGUACACUGAUGACUCCCGGACCCUGGAUAAGUUAAUUGAUGGAACCAACAUCACGAUGGAGGAUGAGCACAUGUGGCUGAUUCCCUUCUCACCAGGGCUGGACCACGUGGUCACAAUCCGCUUCGACAGAGCCGAAAGUAUCGCAGGCCUGCGCUUCUGGAACUACAAUAAAUCUCCCGAGGACACCUAUCGAGGGGUCAAAAUCAUCCACGUCUCCCUGGACGGCUUAUGUGUCUCCCCCCCAGAGGGCUUCCUCAUCCGCAAGGGGCCAGGCAACUGCCACUUUGAUUUUGCUCAAGAAAUCCUCUUUGUGGACUACCUGCAGCCACGACCACAAAUGCGGCCCCAGCCGGCCACGAGACCCCACAGGAAGAGUCAGGAGCACGCCAGCAUGGACUAUGAGGCGCCGCUGAUGCCCUGCGGCUUCAUUUUCCAGUUUCAGCUCCUGACCAGCUGGGGUGACCCCUAUUACAUUGGCCUGACCGGCCUGGAGCUGUAUGACGAGCGGGGAGAAAAAAUUCCUUUGUCGGAAAACAAUAUCGCCGCCUUCCCGGACAGCGUGAACUCCCUGGAGGGUGUGUGUGGGGAUGUCCGGACCCCCGACAAGCUCAUCGACCAAGUGAACACCACCAGCGAUGGCAGACACAUGUGGCUGGCUCCCAUCCUGCCGGGGCUGGUGAACCGAGUGUAUGUAAUUUUCGAUCUGCCCACCACCGUGUCAAUGAUCAAACUGUGGAAUUACGCGAAAACACCCCAUCGAGGGGUGAAGGAGUUUGGUCUCCUGGUGGAUGACCUGCUGGUGUACAAUGGGGUCCUGGCCAUGGUGAGCCACUUGGUGGGCGGCAUCCUGCCCACAUGCGAACCUACGGUGCCCUACCACACCAUCCUCUUCACCGAGGACACGGAGAUCUGUCACCAGGAGAAGUACACCACCAUCAGCAACCAGGUGCAGGAUCAGGACAUCCAGAUGCUGAACGAGCGCCACGUUGUUACCAACGCCAAGCGGAAGCAGAGCGCUGUAGACCCAGCCUUACGCCCCAAAACCUGCAUAAGCGAAAAGGAGCCAGCGAGACGGUGGAGAUGCUGA